UCUCACGUUUUCGGUAGGAAACAUAUGACUUAAAAGUGUUUUACAGACAGCCACUCUGAAAAGUAAUUAGCUCGCGGAAGCUUGAUUUAUCCUCUUAUUCUCUUAUACCUUUUAUCUCGCUCGUGAUAACGUCCGUCGUUAUUCUAACGAUGAAUUAUGCGCUGUUCGUCACAAAGUGCGUAAGAUUUCGUCCGACGGGCUAUUCGCACGUGGUGACUCACGCUACGUACUCGCAAUUAAAUUUCACCGGUCAUCGAAAUGAUUUACAAUUAAAUCAAGUAAUAGUUCACGAGCAAUCCCAAAUCUGUCGAGCGUCAUGUGAUCACGCGUCGAUCCGAUCUUCGCACGACAGAGAAAUAUAACUAUAAAUAUAUACAACGAAUAUGCAACGCGAUACAUAAUAAGAUGCAAAUCGAUGAUCUCUCUUUGAAUUACAGACAAGAUCGGAUCGAUAACGUCGCAAAUAAUGUACAAAUAUUAUGUACGAAUAAUAUGUGAUAUGUAGAUAUAACAUACACACACACACACACAUACACACAGCACUCUGGAAAAAAAUAGUCAACAUCCAUAUUUUCGGGUUUCAAGUAUAGAGAUUUUAAACUUUCUAAACAUUUCAAAAUGACAUGUUUCGUGUCGUUUAAGUAUAUCGAUUAACGUUUUAAUUUUAAAGAGAUUUAGACAAUGAAAUCUAGAUAUUAAGACAAUGAAAUUUAGAGUUGAGCUAAAAAAUCUGAAGCAAAUCUUGAAUUCUUCAGAUUUUACUAGAGAAAAAAAUGAUUUUUCUUAAUUAAACAUUAAAUGGACGUAAGCCAUUUUCUUCCAAAGUAAAGAAUUAACUAAUGACUGAUUAUAUCCGUGAUCCCUUCACAGGCUGCGUAUUUAGCGCUUUGUUCUGGGGAAUCUUCGCGGGUGUUUACGGACGAAGAAAUAUCAUCUUACUGACUCUCUUCAUUGACAGUAUACUCACAAUAAUCGCAAGUUUCUUGCAAAACUACAAUCUAUUCCUGAUAUUUCGUAUCAUGAGCGGAUUCAUAAUGGGCGCACCUGGUACGCUGAUAUACACGUACUUCAGUGAGUUUCACGAAGACAAGUAUCAAACAAAGAGCGUCUGCUUCCUAGGCUUCUUCUGGCCUCUCGCUUGGUUAAUAUUACCCGGUCUGGCGUGGAUCUUCAUACCGUUGCCGAUCAACUUCGAGUUCUACGGCAUUCAUUAUAAUUCUUGGAGGAUGUUCCUCGCCUUCAUCAGUGUGCCUACUUUCAUUAUAGCCAUGAUAAUCUUCCUCAAGUAUCCCGAGAGCCCGAAAUUCCUGGUGUCGCAGGGCGAGACUGAAGAGGCUCUCGCGAUUCUACGGAAGAUCUACGCGGUCAACACCGGACGCGACGAAUGCGAGUAUCCGGUGAAGCAAUUACUCUCCGACGUCGUGUUAAAUGUGAAAAAAAAGGAGACAUCGUCGUCCUCUUUCAAGACUUUGGCGGACCUGGUGAAGAAUAUCUGGUGGCAAUUGCGUACCAUCGUAUCACCACCGUACUUGAAAUACGCCAUCAUUCUGUGGACAAUCUACACCUCGAAUAUGUUCGGAUACUACGGUUUUGGUCUUUGGAUACCAGAACUGUUCAAUCGCUUCGAGAACUAUCAACAAUUGCAUCCGAACGCGUCGGCGACGGUCUGUGAGCUGAUUCGCGACAUAUCCCAGUCGCUGAAUAUAACUAUUGCGGAUGAACCGUUCCUCCCGUUGGACGGAGUCGCCAAGGAGUGUAAACCGAAUAUAGACGAGCGAGUCUUCAUCAACGCAUUGACGAUCAAUGCCGUUUCUUUACCGGGGAACCUCAUCUCCGGGUUCCUGGCGAAUAAAGUCGACCGCCGAACGAUACCGAUGAUCGCGAUGUUUCUGGCCGGCAUAGCCGCUUUUGGUGUCUACUUCGUAAGUUCCUCGCUACAAGUCCUCGUGGUGAUGUGUGUCUUUUCACUGAUGGUGACCAUGUCCAAUUUCGCGAUGGCCGGUGUGGCGGUCAACACGUUCCCUACACAUGUGGCCGCUGCCGCUGUAUCCAUGAUGGUUUGCUUAGGAAGGACCGGUGCGGUAGUCAGCAAUCUGGUGUUCGCCUUGUUGCUAGACUUCAGCUGCGAAGUGCCAAUAUUCUUGCUAGCUAGUAUCGUCAUGUUUGGUGGGCUGCUAUCAUUCCUAAUACCGAGCAAAGAGAAGAAGUGAGACGCCGACGCACCAAGAGGAGACACAGACGACUCAUUGUAUCUAAGAGACACAAAGUGUGUCAAAUGAAGCGCUUCGUAUCAUUCAUUUCUGUGUGAUUUCUACAGAGUAAAUGACGAUGUUUAUCGAUCUGUAAAUAAUAACUAUAAACAUCGAUCAUCGAUUUUAUUGCUCAAUGUUGUUUUUGCAUGAAACUUCAUCUCGAUCGUCAUUAAACGACGUCAUUAAACGAGGAUCGUCGCAGUGACUAUACCGGAGCUUUAAAGAUUGCAAUUUCAUUUCUCGAUAAAUCUCGUGACGUAUCCCUCUCCAAUAGAAGAAUUUGUUCCUUAAUCAUUCUCAGCAGAUACAUUUUCUUAUUGGAUGUAUCGCCAAACUUAUCGAGGAAAAGUGUUGCGACUUUCAAUCAACCGACUGUGUGUAACACUAUGAUAGUUCAUUAUUUAUCGACCGAAUCGCACACCGCCUCUAGUAAAUAUAACUACUUGUCAUCAUAGAUAUUUAUUAAUUUGUAACGUGUCACCACACACGUAGGAGCGUUUCAUUGCACGCGAUGAACGGCGAGAGACAUGCGAUCCGUCUUCGUCGACAUCGUCAUCGUCACGCGAAUGUUACAAAUAAAACGUAUGACAAAACAGAGAAGACGCAUUAAUUGCUACGGUCUCUUGCGUGGAAAGACGGAAAAAAGAGUAUAAGAAAGCCUCGAAGGUGUGAUAAACGACCCGGGAAACCGCAGCAGCGUCGGCGGCGAAUGAACUACGUAGCGAACCGUGUCGCUAACCAUCUCUCUCUCUCUCUCUCUCUCUCUUUUUCAACGGGCGGAAAAUACUCGUUGCCGUCUCCUGAGACGUAUUUAACCGUCAUACAUUCUGACGAGCGUUCCGCAGGAAUCUUCGGGAUUUAAUCACCCGAUGUUUACGGCGUACCUACCGUAAAGCGUGUGUUAAAGCGUUCGUAUCCUUUUUCUUUCCUUCCUCAUCUCUCAUAUAUAUCCCGAUAUUCUCCUCCUUCUCCUAAACCAUACACGACCACAUUCAGAAACUGAAAAUCUGCCAUUAUCGCGUUGUCGACGGAUCUUGUCAGAUAAUAACUCUUUUAAAAAGUACGCUAUUGAUUGUGUCUCUCUCUCUCUCUCUCUCUCUCUCUCUC